AUCAUGAUAUUCAAAGCAGUAGACAUUGGGCCUUCUUUUUCUUUCCUUAUGGCCAACAAAUCUAAGACUGUUCCUUUGUACCAAAGAGUUAGAGUUGAAAGCGGCUUGAAAAGAUUUAUAGACGUUACCAUUUUGUUCCUCCUCGUUUCACUGUUGGGUUAUCGUCUUCUCUUAUUGAACAGCCAUGGAUUCUGCUGUCUCUAUGCCAUUGCCUUUCUUUGCGAGCUUUGGUUCACUUUCACUUGGCUUCUUGCUCUCAAUCUCUGUUGGACGCCUGUUCAUUACCAUACUUAUCCGCAACGCCUUCUUAAACGAGUGGAGGAGGUUCCUGCGGUGGACGUAUUCGUUACCACGGCGGAUCCGGUGCUAGAGCCGCCGAUAAUAACGAUAAACACGGUGCUUUCAGUGUUAGCAAUGGAAUAUCCGGCCAAUAAACUGGCUUGUUAUGUCUCUGACGAUGCCUGUUCACCACUCACAUUUUAUUCCCUUUGUGAAGCUUUUAAUUUUGCCAAAAUUUGGGUACCAUUUUGCAAUAAAUAUAAGGUCCAAGUUCGAGCUCCGUUUAGAUAUUUCUCUACCCAUUUGGCUUCUAAUGAGUCAAUCCAAUUUCAGCAUGAGUGGAGGAAAAUCAAGGAUGAGUACGAAGAGCUGCGACAAAAGAUUGAGGAAGCCGCCAAAACUAUAGCAUGUGGUGACCUUAAGGGGGAGUUGGCAGAUUUCUCCAACACAAAACCAAAUAAUCAUCCUCCUAUAGUCAAGAUUAUAUGGGAGAAUAAGGAAGGGCUUAGGGAUGGAUUGCCUAAUUUGAUUUAUAUAUCAAGAGAGAACAAACCCCAAAUUCCACACCGUUACAAAGCUGGUGCCAUGAAUGUUUUGACAAGAGUGUCCGGAGUAAUGACGAAUGCUCCUUAUAUAUUGAAUCUAGAUUGUGACAUGUUUGUCAAUAGUCCCGAUGUUAUUUUACAAGCAAUGUGUCUCUUACUAGACCCGAUGAUCGAUAAAGAGUAUGCAUUUGUUCAAUUUCCUCAAUGCUUUUACAAUGGACUCAAAGAUGAUCCCUAUGGGAACCAAUGGAUUGUCAUAAUGCAGAUUGUGGUUUGUGGAAUGGCAGGAGUCCAAGGGCCUAUGUAUAUGGGAACAGGAUGUAUCCAUAGACGAAAAGUCUUGUAUGGUCAAUCACCAAACGAAGAAGCCAACAUUAAUGAGAAAUGUUAUGAAGAAAAGUUAUAUAAAACAUUUGGAAAUUCAAAAGAUUUUGUAAAAUCAGCGAUUCGUAGUUUAAGAAGCUUUGAAGAUGAUUCGAAUUGCCUAUCCAACUUAAUCAAAUCAACAAAUGAAGUUGCUACUGCUGGUUAUGAACACAAUUCUGGUUGGGGAUCCAAGGUGGGUUGGCAAUAUGGAUCUUUAGUGGAGGAUGUGUUGACUGGGAUGGAGAUCCACAAAAGGGGAUGGAAAUCUGCAUACAUUACACCAACUCCACCAGCAUUCCUAGGAUGUGCUCCUUCAGGAGGCCCAAUUCCAUUAAACCAUCACAAGAGAGCAAUAACAGGACUACUUGAAAUUCUAAUCAGCAAAAGAUCCCCUAUUGUCACUGCUCUCUCUGAUAAGCUCCAAUUUAGGCAACGUCUCAUGUAUCUGUGGGCAUAUCUGACUAGCAUUCGUGCUAUUCCAGAGAUAUGUUACGCUACACUCCCAGCAUUCUGUCUAAUUUCCAACUCUCAUUUUUUGCCCAAGGUACAAGAACCAGUAAUAUGCAUACCUCUUCUCCUUUUUGUUAUUAACAAGCUACGAGGGUUGUUAGACUACUUCAAAACGGGCCAAUCUGUAAGAGCUUGGUGGAAUAACCUGAGAAUGGAGAAGAUUCAGACAAUGUCUACUUCCUUGCUUGGAAUGCUGGCCAUCAUUCUCAAGAUUUUUGGACUAUCAGAAACUGUGUUUGAAAUAACAAAAAAGGAGUCAUCUUCAUCUAGUGAUGACUCAGAGAGUGGUGAUGGAGAUUUGGGUCGGCUCACAUUUGAUGAGUCCCCAUUCUUUGUGCCAGUCACAACCAUUUUGAUGAUUCAACUGGCAGCACUUUCGAUCGGCUUCUUGCAAACGCAGCCAAGCAUUCAAGAGUUUGGGGUGGCGGAGGUGAUGUGCAGUGUGUGGUUGAUUUUGUGCUUCUGGCCAUUUUUGAAGGGGAUGUUUGCAAAGGGGCCCUAUGGGCUUCCAUGGCCAACCUUAUUCAAAUCCAGUGCUUUAGCAUUCUUGUUUGUGUACUUGUGUCAAGAGACAACAAAGUGAAAUAAAUAACAUUUGGUCAGUUACUUAGAUUUUGUCGAGGGGUUGAUGCUUUCGAUCAUCUUUGUCAAGGGGUUGAUUGAAAAUGGAAAAUAAUAAACUCCCCUAUAUACUAUUUGAAAAGUCACCUGGGUGACCCUAGGGCUUGUCUACUUGUGUCACAGUUUUAGCUUGGUCAGUGAAUAAUAGUCAAAUUUUUUGUGCAA